AUGGUUUCAAUUUCAGAGCUUAUGAAGAUAUUCUUCAAGGAGAGGCAUGUUGCUGGAUCUGUGAUUUCUUGUGGAGAUCUUGAAAUAUUUGAUCGACCUCCAAAGGAGACUAAGAAGAUGAAUUUCGACAUUGAAGAUUUGGAUGGUAAGGUUUUGCGGUGUACUGUGUGGAAUGGUUAUGCUCUGCAGAUUAAGGACUUCAUUUCUAAAAUCCCACCUCAUGAGCAUGUGAUGGUUGUUAUACAGCAUGGAAAGUGUAAGGAAUGGAAAGGUGAAUAUACUGUUCAAAGUGACAAGUUUGCAACACGAAUUUUUCUGAAUCAAGAAAUUGAUGAAGUUGAUGAGCUAAGGAGGAGGCAUAUAUUGAAGUUUGGACAAGGGAGUAGUUCUACUUCUCAGACGAUACUAUCGUCUCAGAGUAUUUUUCCAUUACAUAAAGAAUUUGUAACUGAAGGUGUGAAGAAACAUGUUGAUGAGAUUAGCGAGAUAGAAGAGGAAAUGUCUUGUGUUGUGGUUGCGACAAUUAAGAUUGUGCAAGAAGAGUAUGGUUGGUUUUAUGCUGCCUGUCGUAAGUGUUUCAAGAAGGUGAUGGGUAAAAGUAAAUACUUGCAGAAUGUUGAGAAUGUUUCAGAUGAUAUUCUUCGAUUGCCUGCGACUUCUUUGGUUUGUAUCAGAUGUCAUACUAAAUGUACAUCGAUCACCACAAAGUUCAAGGUGCAAGUGCGGGUUCAGGAUGAGAGUGGUAGUGUUUCUUUUGUUAUGUUUGAUAGAUAUGUUCAGAAGCUUCUUGGAUUAGCGACGAGUGACAUAAGAGAGAGAGUUCAAUCUUAA